ACCUUUUAAAAAGAUUCUAAUGUAUGUUUUCCAGAAUUUAAUGAAUUUCAGAAAAAAAUAUAUUGGAGGGAAAAACAAUGCGAGACUGAGAAGAAGAACAGAAAUUAGAGAGAUUUUAAAGAGGCUUUUUUUACCUGCCGUUUGAGUAACAGCAGUGAGUGAAACUGAAACUUAAGCUACUGGAUUUAGCAGAAAUCAUUACUGAGCUCAGAACAGACUGAGACAGAAUGGCGUCUGGAUCUUCUCUCCUGGAUGAGGAGCUCUCCUGUCCUGUGUGCUCUGAAAUCUUCAGGGAUCCUCUUGUCCUGAGUUGCAGUCACAGCUUCUGUAAGGCCUGUCUGCAGCAGUACUGGGAACAGAAGGGAUCUCGGGAGUGCCCAGUGUGCAGGAGAAGAUCUUCUAUGGAUUCACCUCGCCCUAACCUGUCUCUGAGCAAUAUCUGUGAGGUGUUCUUAAAGGAGAGAAGUCAGAGAGCUAAAGCAGGAUCUGAAGUGCUCUGCAGUCUGCACAGUGAGAAACUCAAACUCUUCUGUUUGGAGGAUCAAAUACCCGUCUGUGUUAUCUGCCAAACUUCAAAAAAACAUGAAAACCACAAAAUGCGACCAGUUCAAGAGGCUGCAGAAGAGUAUAAGGAGAAACAAAGGACUGCACUGCAGGAGAAGCUAAAAGCCUUUAAUGCAGUGAAACUAGACUGUGAUCAAACAGCAGAGCACAUCAAGAGCCAGGCCCAGCACACAGAGAGACAGAUAAAGAUGGAGUUUCAGAAACUUCAGCAGUUCCUAAAAGAUGAAGAGGCAGCUAGGAUCACUGCACUGAGGGAGGAAGAGGAGCAGAAGAGUCAGCUGAUGAAGGAGAAGAUUGAGAAGAUGACAGAAGAGAUAUCAUCCCUUUCAGAACAAAUCAGAGCCAUAGAACAGGAGCUGGGAGCUGAAGACGUCUCAUUCCUGCAGAGCUACAAAGACGUGGAGAAACGGUGUGUGAUGAGAGACAGAAUGGCGUCAGGAUCUUCUCUCCUGGAAGAGGAGCUCUCCUGUUCUGUGUGCACUGAAAUCUUCAGGGAUCCUGUUCUCUUGAGUUGCAGUCACAGCUUCUGUAAGGCCUGUCUGCAGCAGUACUGGAAACAGAAGGGAUCUCGGGAGUGCCCAAUUUGCAGGAGAAGAUCUUCUAUGGAUAAACUUCCCUUUAACCUGUCUCUGAGGAAUACCUGUGAGGCAUUCUUAAAGGAGAGAAGUCAGAGAGCUAAAGCAGGAUCUGAAGUGCUCUGCACUCUGCACAGUGAGAAACUCAGACUCUUCUGUUUGGUGGAUCAAAUACCCGUCUGUGUUAUCUGCCAAACUUCAAAAAAACAUGAAAACCACAAAAUGCGACCAGUUCAGGAGGCUGCAGAAGAGUAUAAGGAGAAACUCAGGACUGCACUGGCUCCACUGCAGGAGAAGCUAAAAGCCUUUAAUGCUGUGAAACUAAUCUGUGAUCAAACAGCAGAGCACAUCAAGAGCCAGGCCCAACACACGGAGAGACAGAUAAAGAUGGAGUUUGAGAAACUUCAGCAGUUCUUAAAAGAUGAAGAGGCAGCCAGGAUCACUGCACUGAGGGAGGAAGAGGAGCAGAAGAGUCAGAUGAUGAAGGAGAAUAUUGAGAAGAUGACAGAAGAGAUAUCAUCCCUUUCGGAACAAAUCAGAGCCAUAGAACAGGAGCUGGGAGCUGAAGAUGUCUCAUUCCUGCAGAGUUACAAGGACACACAAAACAGAGCCCAGUGCACACUGGCGGAUCCAGAGAAGGUCUCAGGAGCGCUUAUUGAUGUGGCCAAGCACCUGGGCAAUCUGAAGUACAGAGUGUGGGAGAAGAUGCUGGGGACUGUUCAAUACACUCCUGUGACUCUGGACCCAAACACAGCACAUCCCAGACUCUCAUUGUCUGAGGAUCUGACCAGUGUGAGACUCAGUGAUGAGAGACAGCAGGUUCCUGAUAAUCCAGAGAGAUUUGAUGAGUGGCCGUGGUGUGUGCUGGGCUCUGAGGGAUUCAGCUCAGGGAGACACUGCUGGGAUGUAGAAGUGGGGGAUGGAGGUUACUGGGAGGUGGGUGUGGCUAAAGAGUCCUUCAGCAGGGAUAGCGCUUUCAAUCUGCGCCCAGAAGGAGGAGUGUGGAGUAUACAGCAGCUCUAUGGGAAAUACGAAGCCCUGACCUUCCCACCUGAAGUCCUCACUGUGCAGAGGGAACUCCAGAGGGUCAGAGUGCAGCUGGACUGGGACAGGGGGGAGGUGUCAUUCUCUGACCCCAGUGACAACACUCCUCUCUACACUUUUAAACACUCCUUCACUGAGAGAGUGUUUCCAUUCUUCUGGCCUGGUUCUCUGCGGAUCUGUCCUCUGAAGGUGUCUGUAAGAGUGGAAUAG